GCAUGUCCAGUUCUUCCAUGCAAGCUGUUCUGCCAGCUCGCCAAUCAUUCUAGCGAGUUUCCCCACUCAUUCUCUCCCCCCGUCUGUAGCUACAUGUGCACCGGACGCACAGUCCUCUCCUUAGCGGACACUGCAGGGGAAGAAACGAACAAGCCCACCAUGGAAUAGGAAUACUGCUGGACAAAACGGGGGAAAACCUCUCUCUUAUCUUCUUCUUUUUCCCCUUUUUCUGACGUCUUUUUUCUCUCUCUCUCUCUCUCUCUCUCUCUCUCUCUCUCUCUCUCUCUCUCUCUCGCUCUCUCGAUGUCUCUCAACAGUUUCUGAAGGGAUUAAAGGAAAGAAAAAUGAGGAUUACUAUUUCGUCUUGGCACUUUCUCGGGGUGUAUUCCGCCCUUUGGGGGCUGGCAACCGGGGCUUUCCCCAGCUCAGUGCAGAUAGGUGGGUUGUUCAUUAGGAAUACUGAUCAGGAGUAUACAGGGUUUCGACUAGCUAUCUUCCUUCACAACACCAGCCCUAAUGCAACGGAAGCGCCCUUUAACCUGGUCCCACAUGUCGACAAUAUAGAGACCGCCAACAGCUUCGCCGUCACCAAUGCAUUCUGUUCUCAGUAUUCGAGGGGGGUCUUCGCCAUCUUCGGCCUUUACGACAAGCGCUCGGUGAACACUCUGACGUCGUUCUGUGGGGCCCUGCACAUCAGCCUAGUGACACCCAGCUUCCCCACCGAAGGAGAGGGCCAGUUCACCCUGCAGCUCCGGCCGUCCAUCAGAGGGGCUUUGCUGUCACUGUUGGACCACUACGACUGGAGUCGAUUUGUCUUCCUCUACGACACAGACAGAGGUUAUGCAAUACUGCAGGCUAUUAUGGAGAGAGCGGGGCAGAACGGAUGGCAGGUGAGUGCUAUCUGUGUGGAGAGCUUCAAUGAGGCAGCAUACCGCCGACUCUUAGAGGACCUGGACCGACGUCAGGAGAGAAAAUAUGUAAUUGACCUGGAGCCUGAGAGACUACAGAGCAUCCUCGAACAGGCUGUCAGUGUGGGGAAACAUGUAAAGGGUUACCAUUACAUCAUAGCAAACCUGGGAUUUAAGGAUAUAUCUCUGGAGAGGUUCAUGCAUGGCGGGGCCAAUGUGACUGGUUUCCAGCUGGUGGACUUCAGCAAGCCCAUCAUUAUUAAACUGAUGCAGCGCUGGAACAAACUGGAUCAGAGAGAGUACCCUGGAUCUGAAAGCCCACCUAAGUAUACCUCAGCUCUAACGUAUGAUGGUGUCCUUGUGAUGGCUGAGGCCUUUCGCAGCCUUCGCCGUCAGAAAAUUGAUAUCAGUCGCCGUGGCAACGCUGGUGACUGCUUGGCCAAUCCAGCUGCUCCCUGGAACCAAGGAAUAGAUAUGGAGCGUGCACUUAAACAGGUGCGCAUUCAGGGCCUGACUGGAAACAUUCAGUUUGAUCACUAUGGUCGGAGGGUCAACUAUACCAUGGACGUGUUUGAACUGAAGAGCAACGGACCACGCAAGAUUGGCUACUGGAACGACAUAGACAAACUUGUGUUGGUCCAGAAUGAAAAUGUUCUGUCCAAUGACAGCACAUCGAUGGAGAACCGGACAGUCGUCGUGACAACCAUCAUGGAGGGUCCCUAUGUGAUGCUGAAGAAGAACUGGGAACUCUAUGAAGGCAACGAUCAGUUUGAGGGAUACUGUGUGGACUUAGCCUCGGAGAUCGCCAAACACAUUGGAAUCAAAUACAAGAUCUCCAUCGUACCGGAUGGGAAAUAUGGAGCCAGAGAUCCAGAGACAAAGAUAUGGAAUGGCAUGGUUGGAGAGCUUGUGUAUGGGAAAGCAGAAAUUGCUGUGGCCCCGCUGACCAUCACUCUGGUGAGAGAAGAGGUGAUCGACUUCUCGAAGCCCUUCAUGUCUCUUGGAAUCUCCAUCAUGAUCAAAAAGCCCCAGAAGUCUAAACCAGGUGUUUUCUCUUUCCUGGACCCGCUGGCCUACGAGAUCUGGAUGUGCAUAGUGUUCGCUUACAUUGGAGUCAGUGUUGUGCUGUUUUUGGUGAGUCGCUUUAGUCCAUAUGAGUGGCAUGCAGAGGAACCAGAGGAGGGCACAACAGAGCUUGGCCCCACCGACCAACCUCCCAAUGAGUUUGGCAUCUUCAACUCCCUCUGGUUCUCGCUGGGAGCCUUCAUGCAACAGGGCUGUGACAUCUCACCACGGUCUCUGUCUGGACGUAUUGUUGGAGGUGUGUGGUGGUUCUUCACUCUUAUCAUCAUCUCCUCUUACACAGCCAACCUGGCUGCUUUCCUCACUGUGGAGAGGAUGGUCUCACCCAUAGAGAGCGCAGAGGACUUGGCCAAACAGACAGAGAUAGCCUAUGGCACACUGGACUCAGGCUCUACUAAGGAGUUCUUCAGGAGGUCCAAAAUAGCCGUAUACGAGAAGAUGUGGUCAUACAUGAAGUCUGCUGAACCGACUGUCUUCACCAAAACCACAGCGGAGGGCGUGGCGAGGGUCCGCAAGUCCAAGGGGAAGUACGCUUUCCUCCUGGAGUCCACCAUGAAUGAAUACACGGAGCAGCGCAAGCCUUGUGACACCAUGAAAGUCGGGGGGAACCUGGACUCCAAAGGAUAUGGGAUUGCUACACCGAAAGGCUCACAGUUAAGAACCCCGGUAAACCUUGCAGUUUUGAAACUGAGCGAAGCAGGCGUCUUAGACAAACUGAAAAACAAAUGGUGGUAUGACAAGGGAGAGUGUGGACCCAAGGACUCUGGAAGUAAGGACAAGUCGUCCCAGGCUUUGAGCCUGUCCAAUGUGGCAGGGGUCUUCUACAUCCUUGUGGGUGGCCUGGGCCUGGCCAUGCUGGUGGCCCUGGUCGAGUUCUGCUACAAGUCACGGGCCGAAGCCAAGCGCAUGAAGGUGGACCUUAGCCCCCCCCACUGCCCCAGCCCCUCCCCCAGCACCCAGAAUCUAGCCACUUAUAGGGAGGGGUACAACGUGUACGGCUCCGAGGGGGUCAAGAUAUAGGGCUGUCUUUUUCUGAAGCCAUGCGGAACAAGGCCCGUCUAUCCAUCACAGGAAGUGUGGGGGAGAAUGGCCGCGUCCUGACGCCAGACUGCCCCAAAGCCGUGCAUGCUGGCCACGUCUCCCUCCGACACCCCGGGCUUGCAGUGGUCUCCUCCGGACUGCCCUGAAAACCAAAAACACCUGCCGUGCCUUAACGACACACAAGCAAACAGACUUUGACAAGGACACAUACAAAUACACACAUCCCACAUGCAAUCACACACUAUCAUUUUAACUCAUAACACACACACACACACAACAUGCACAUAAUUACAGAUACUCAAAUACAAAUACUCACAUUUUUACACACUUGAAUACACAAACACACACUGCGCAUCAUCAUCACACUUUCCUGCUGCCAUUGACUUAUUUUACAAGAGAUAAGUGAAAUUCAACUGUGGAGUGAACAGUGGAGUAAACAUACAAAGGACAACUAUGACUAUCACACUUGCCUGCAGCAUUCAUUUAAUUGUUUUUUUGGAGGAUACCAUCCUGAUAUCAACAAACCGGCAGGAAAGCCAGCACAGACUUACAUGAAAUGAACUAUGAGCUGUGAACAUGACCGCAAACUGAUCAUGAUGAUGAUAGUGAUAAAGAUGAUGAUCGCAGCUGAAGUAAAAAAACAACAACAAAACAACAGAAAAGACAACCAAACUCUGUUCCUGCUCUGUCUUCGUUGGACAGUGUUGGCCAAUGAGCCGCACGCCUUGACAACGCCUUACUAAGACUAUAAACAUUGUUUUCAUCAUCAUCAUCAUCAUGGUCAUCGUCAUCUCAACUUGCCUGAAAAGUGUGCCAGGUAUUAUCACCCUUAGAAGACCAGAAAACUGUAAGCUUGAACGUUCGGACUGUGCAAACCCGCUACUUUGCCAUGGAAUGUUCAAACUGAAUGAAAAUGCUUUCUUAUUACGCAUUUGGAAAGAUUUCUCGCCCCAAAACCAACGAGAUAACCAGCCAAUAUAGAACAGAAGUAACCUCGAAACACAGUGACAGUGUGGCUGAUCUCGGCCACAGAAUUCACAGGGGUUUGUAAAGAAAAAAAGAAAUAGUAGUAAUUAACAAAGUACUUCAUCAACAGCAUCAUCAUGACAGUAGAAAUGCUAAAUAGCAAAUUGAAGAUUACUUUUUGCCGGCGGGCAAAGGCAAGGUUUAAACUGUAUAUUCAGUGAUGGAAAGAAAAAAUAAAACACAUGGUCAGAUCUCAAAUGGCUACCUAACAUAAGUGAUUCUCAACCUGAAUGCUGGGACCUUAAAUAAGAAUGACUGCUGCAGGAAAUAGGAAUAAAUAUAGUGUUUAAACAUUUGGGAUCAAACCUUUAAAUUGUGGAAACUAACUCUGCCUCCAUGUCCUCUUGAAUAAUUAAUCCAUAUAGCAGGGCAAUAAAAAAAGCAAAUCAAAGUUCAUAAUUCUUUGCAUGUUUUCCCACAGUGGGCUGACUAUAAACCAUUUGUUUCAAGGGCCUUAAUAAGGUUGAGAACCACUGGUCUAUGCUGUUUGCGCUUCAUUUGACUUGAACUACAGGUAUACUUUUCAAUUUCUCUAAAAGUAAUGACUUUUAACGGGCAGUUUGGUUGUCAUUUGAGAUCUUCAGUCUUUUCCAGUGGCCGUAGAAAGAUACCAUAUCAGAAAGCUUGCUUUUUAAAACUGUUGUAAAUAACUGCGUAGCAAAACAGAACUCACCUGUCUUUUUUUAAUCAUCUUAGAUAACAAUUCAUUGCAAUAAUGAAUAUAAAAGAAAAUGCCACUACUUGUAAUUAAGAUCAAUUUUUUUAUAAAUCUACAUAUUAUAUAAUACAAAUAAAUAUAUAUCUAUAGGUCUAUAGAGAGCUAUAGAAAACAUUGAUCACAGAUUGUCAGAGGCCAUGGCAUACAUUCUGUUAUAUGGCUGUUUUUUUGAUAACUUGAGAAUAUUAAUAUGCCACAUUCUUUGUGUGUCCUGCUCAACACUGAAUGUCCAUCUGGCACUCACACGGACACACACGUAGAAAUGCACGCACACACACAUUGUUGCAUUCACAGGGUCAGCUCAGAGUGAUCACUCCAGCACCGUGAGAGGUUCAGACCAUUUCAUUUUUGCCUGUCUGUCUGUUUCACUAGUGUUUUUACCCCAAAACAGUCUGUUGUUGGGCUGCAAAGGCCCCUCGAAACAGCAUGUAGAUGCCAGUAUUCAACACUGGAGCCGAUAUAAUGAGAAGACAUUUAGGCAGGCCUCCAGAAAGGAUGGGCCACAGCAAUUACCGUACUGUAGGGAAACAAUGCUGUCUGACAUUUGGAAAGUGUAGCAUUUGCGUGCAUUUCAUAUCGCCUCAGUGCUUUUUGUUAUUUGUCUUCUCACCAGAUGUUAGUCAGCUACAAAUGGAAAUCCAACACAAGUUCAAACUGAGCAGGGUUUGCACUUUUUAGGGACAUGUUUGGAUCAAACAUGCUUGGCAAGAGCAAUCAAUCAAAUGUUUAAAAUCUGUUACAUACCGUAUGGCAGCCUGUUUUGGCGCAUCCACUUACUGCCAGCCUUGGGGAGAGGAAAUAUACAUCACAUUAAUAUCUAAGGAAAAAUUAGGAAAAUAAAAAAAAUAUAUUUUUAGCGAUUCACACCGGUGCAAUUUUACUUAUUUUGUUGUACUGUAUUACAACUUAGCAUGGCGGUGAUGCUUAGAGAUUGUCCUACCUCCCAUCUCUCAAAUAUUCCUUGCUCCUUCUCUUGUUUUGUCUUUCCAUUCCCCUCUUUCUGCUUUCCUCGCCCCUCCUGUCCCACUGUCAGACAGAACUCUCUGUACAAAGUGCAUCUUAGCAAUGACAAAUUACUCUAUUUUCUGCCCUGACAAAUCACAAAAUAAUGGAAUAGAGAUGAAUUGAAAACUAGAAACACAAACUUACAAUCUGAGUUUCUUCUGGCUCUUUGUUCUGAAUAUUGCGUACCUUUUAACCUCCAACAUUUCACACAAAAAACUGCCACUUCUUUGUUAAACUCACACAUAUCUCAUCACGCAUCAGUCCUGCAUCAGUUGUAUCAAAGUCAAACUCAACAGACAAAAGCAUAAAUAGUCAAUAAUAUCUUAAAACCUCAAGUAUCUCAAACAACAACCUUCUUCAUGGCUGAAAAGAAUAAGCUUCCAAUCACCUCCUCUCAGCCCAGGGGAUUAGUGCAGCAGUAGUGCAGCAAUCCAACAGGAGAGAAAUAAUGAAAAUAGUGGGUUUCUGCAGUGGAUUCAUUUGUGAAGAGACAGUUGACAGAGAUCUAGCUAUCACCACACCAGACACACGAGGCAGUUAAACUGUACAUGAUACUUAUGUGUUUAUUUCUUUGCCAGCUCCAGCACAUAAGGUUUCAUGCAUAGACAGCAAAAAGCAGACUGCUGGGCUGUCAACACUCUUUAACAUUGUUUAUUUCUUCCUUUGUUUCUUGUCUUUCCAUUUGGCUUCGUUUUCUAGUAAAACAUCAAUGCUGAA